CAACAAGCUCUCAACUAUCCAAAGCCCUGUUCAUCCAAUAGUGAAAGGUGCAGCAGACACCGUGGUCAGGCCGUUUACCCUCUGCGUUAGAGAUAUAUUACCCGUUAGUUAUUCCAUCUUUUACACAUCUCAUUGCUGAAACCGCGAUCGCGUUUGUCUCCAAAACAUACCCCUUCCAGCUCACCGAACAGUGAAAUCACCCAAUAUGAGCGUCAAAACCGUGUCAAUUACUCCAUUCCAGGACCAGAAGGCCGGAACGUCUGGGCUUCGCAAGAGAGUCACUGUCUUCCAGCAGUUACAUUAUUCUGAAUCCUUUAUCACAAACAUUCUUCUAUCCAUUCCGGAAGGUGCUGAAGGCUCUUUUUUGGUAAUUGGCGGCGAUGGGAGGUACUACAACCCGGAAGUCGUGCAAUUGAUUGCCAAAAUCGGAGCUGCAUAUGGCGUCAAAAAGUUGCUGGUAGGCCACAAUGGGAUCCUGAGCACACCAGCUGCUAGCCAUGUUAUUAGAAAGAGAAAGGCCACCGGGGGUAUCUUGCUUACUGCAAGCCAUAACCCAGGCGGACCAAAUGCGGAUUUCGGUAUCAAAUAUAAUCUUUCCAACGGUGCUCCGGCUCCCGAGUCAGUGACAAACAAGAUAUAUGAAACCUCGAAGAGUCUCACAUCAUACAAGAUCGCUGAAAUACCCGACGUCGAUCUCACGCAGAUCGGGACGAAGACAUACGGAUCCCUGGAGGUGGAAAUCAUCCAUUCCACAACAGACUACGUUGAUAUGCUUAAAGACAUCUUCGAUUUUGAUCUUAUUAAAUCUCUGUUUAAAACGCAUCCAGAUUUCAAGGUGCUCUUCGAUGCAUUGCAUGGUGUUACUGGGCCGUAUGGAAAGGCGAUUUUCGUAGAUGAAUUGGGACUGCCAGCUUCGAGUGUGCAAAAUUGCGUUCCCUCUCCAGACUUUGGUGGCGGACAUCCGGACCCAAAUCUCACAUACGCACAUUCCCUGGUGGAAGCCGUCGACAAAAAUGACAUUCAAUUCGGCGCGGCGAGUGAUGGAGACGGAGACCGCAACAUGAUAUACGGGGCCAAAACUUUCGUCUCUCCGGGAGACAGCUUGGCUAUCAUCGCCCAUCAUGCAAAAUUGAUUCCCUAUUUCAGGAAACAAGGUGUGUAUGGUCUAGCCCGCUCAAUGCCAACUUCAGGCGCCGUCGAUCUCGUCGCCAAAGCGCAAAACCUGCAAUGCUACGAAGUUCCCACGGGCUGGAAGUUCUUCUGCGCCCUCUUCGACACGAAGAAAAUGUCAAUCUGUGGCGAGGAGAGCUUUGGGACAGGUAGCAACCAUAUCCGCGAAAAGGACGGACUCUGGGCCAUCGUCGCCUGGCUCAACAUCAUCGCUGGCGUCGCCAAAGCCCACCCAGAAAAGCCCGUGAGCAUCGCCACGAUCCAGCACGACUUCUGGAAAGAAUACGGCCGCACCUUCUUCACGCGCUACGACUAUGAAAAUGUCGAUUCCGAUGGGGCUAGCAGGGUCAUCGCCAAUCUCAAAGAGCUUAUCACGACCAAGAAGGAUGCUUUCGUUGGCUCCAACGUUUCGGGCCGCAAGGUCGUUGAGGCCGAUGACUUUUCCUACACCGAUCUCGACGGCAGCGUGAGCAAGAACCAGGGCAUUUAUGUCAAGUUUGACGACGGGAGUCGUAUCGUGGUACGGCUUUCGGGGACGGGUAGCAGUGGGGCGACGAUUAGGUUGUACAUCGAACGCCACGAGCCGGAUGAGAAGGAGUUUGGAAAGGACGCGCAGGAGUAUUUGAAGGGAAAUAUUGAGCUGGCGGUGCAGUUGUUGAAGCUGAAGGAAUUUAUUGGACGAGAGGAGCCGGAUGUUAAGACCUAAGCAAGAAAGGGACUUGGGGAGUAUUGGACGGCCAGGGGUGAGAGAGAUUGAGUCAUGCAAGUGUGAGCUUGCCUCUGAAUCAAUUUUGCUCUUGCAAUGGUUGGCCUGAUCCUGACGGGAGCUGUGAUUAAUAUAUAACUUAUCAUGGUUCGUAAUACAAAAUGACAAAAUGAGCUUUUUGCAAGAUCUUCCACGAAAGUGUAUAUGUACUUAUUUGAGUUCUUCGUUUCUUUCUCCUUCGAUUUUGCAGGUGACAAAAAUGAAUAAGUUAAUAAAUUUAGUUUUUAUCUAGUC